AUGGCUGCGAGUAGCAAGGAGCCGCAAGAGGCCACGAUCAAGCCGCCUCCUGCGCCGGUCGGCCAUGAGGCUUGCGUCGAGGGCAUGCCCUACUUCGGCAUAGACACACGCCCUAAAGGGCCAAAGCUGCAGGUGUGGACGGCCUGGACGGAGGCCCCCCCUUGUGCAGCCGGGCGGCAGCCGGCGACACCGCAGAGGAGGAGCGACAGGAACCUGUACGACAGCCCACGCUCGACCCCCUCAACCCCGCCAUCGCCACCUCCAGCGCCACCUGAGGCGCCCGACUUCGCCCCGUGGGAGUGGCCCGAGCCGGUCGCGCCCCCCGAGCCGGUCGCGCCCACGCCGGCGCCGCUGUUCGCGCGGGCGGACUUCAGGCAUCGCACCGCCUCGGAGCUGUUGGCGGAGGUUCUUGGGGCCUUCCCGCCCAGACCGCCGGCACCCGCGCCGGAGCCAUCCAUUCCCCCAGAGCCGGUGGAAGGUCGACGUGUUGCUGCGAGCAAUCCACAGCCUGUGGAAAGGCAAGGCGCGAGGGAGAGAUCCGAGCUGCCAAUCCGCGCGCCGCCUCGGGAGCGACUGAUCAGGCCCAUGGAUGCAUCAGAGCCCUCAGAGCCCGAGUUCUUCAUGGAGCCCCCGGAUUUUUCACCGGAGACGGUGCCGACGCCAAGGACGACGACACCAAGGACGCCCAAAGUGACGCCCAAUCCGAAGGGCCGCCUGCGGCGCCCAUCCUCCGCCCGGGAGCGGCAACGCCAGGCCGUUGCUCCGCGGCCAGACCUGGGCCUGGCGGGAUCCCCUGCCUUGCGGCCCACACGGCAGCCGUACGCCCGGGAAGGCAGCGUGCCUUUGUCCAGCCUGGUUUCUGGCCGACAGGAACGACAGGAGGUUGCGCCAGAUGAGCUGUGGCAAGCAGAGCUGAAGGUCUUUUUGCGCCGCGAGAAUCUGGAAGACCUUCACGGCGUGCUUCGCGCGGAGUUCCCGGAGCUCACGCCGCAGCAGCUGGCGGAAGUGCCAGCGCAGCGGCUGCAGCAGCUGAAGGCCCGGCCGCUGAGCCUGCGCCGCCUGGCUCAGUCCCUGGCAGAGCUGCGCAAGAGGAGAUCGGUUGAGGCCGCCUGGACAUCGACGGGCUGGUCGACAGAUGCUGGUCACACAGCCCCGAUGGAGGAAGGUCCUGAGUCAGCUGAGUCGAUGGUCACCCGCCUGCUUCACCCGGUGUCAGCGACGCCUACAGCGGCGCCGCCGCCGCCGCCGCCGCCUCCGCCGCCUGCCGCUGCGAAGGCGGAAUCCGCGGAGGACGAGGGGACCUUCAUCCGAGUCACGGGGCUCUCGCGCCAUGCGCGGCCGGUGCUCGAGGAGCGUCGAGUCUCCAGCGACGUUGCCUCUGUGCCCAGGGACGGCUACGCCCGUCCCGCUUCGGCCCCCAGCGUGGGGCGCGCGCCGAGUCCUGCGCCGAGUCCUGCGCCGAGUCCUGCGCCGAGUCCAGAGCCGAGUGCGUGGGGCGACAGCGAGACAAAGGAGUCGUCUCGACCGCAAAGGCGCGCGCGGAUCCGGGAGCUGCUGAAGCGCCUGGACCUGGGCCCCUGCCUGGCGGACGCGCAGCGGGUCACGCAGCGCCAGCGCGUGGCCAAGGAGCGCCACUGCGAUCGGCUGGCGGGCGUGCCCAGCACCGGCGCCUUGUCCCCGGCUUUGAACCUCCGCCGCUCCCGGUCCUUCAUGGACCUCGUGGCCACGGAAGCCGGCCCGCACUACGCCUCCGGCCGCGCAGCGCCGGUGGAUCCCAGCCUUUUGGACGACGUCCUCGCCAGACUUCCUGCAAAGCCAGCGAAGUGUGCGCGUGAGCCUUGCACCAUUUGCCUGGAAGUGCCUGCUACAGGUGAGGUGGUAACGACUUUGCCCUGCUGCCACUGGUACCACACAGAGUGCAUCAGAGAGUGGCUCCUGCACUCGCGGCUGUGUCCUCUUUGCAAGGCCCUGGUUGUACCUGAGGAGCUCGGCAUGUGA